GAAGGAGGUCUCUAUGUGUGCAUGAACACGUUUCUGGGAUUUGGAAGGGAACACAUUGAAAGGCAUUACCGGAAAACAGGACAGUGUGUAUAUUUGCAUCUGAAACAACAUGUGAUAGAGAAGGUACCAGGGGCAUCUGGUGGAGCUUUACCACAAAGGAGGAAUGCUAAGCUAUUUUUAGAUCUAGAGACGAACAGUGAUCUCAACAGUGAUGACUUUGAAUAUGAAGAUGAAGCAAAACUUGUUAUAUUUCCUGAUCAUUAUGAAAUCUCAUUACCCAAUAUAGAAGAGUUACCUGCACUGGUGACGAUAGCUUGUGAUGCACUUCUCAGUGCAAAAUCACCCUACAGGAAGCAAGAGCCUGACUCCUGGGAAGAAGAGCUACAGGCAUCUAAACAUGCCAAAGCACUUGUACAGUUAGACAAUGGUGUUAGAAUUCCCCCCAGCGGUUGGAAAUGCUCAAAAUGUGACCUGCGAGAGAAUCUGUGGCUAAACCUGACAGAUGGUUCUGUGCUGUGUGGAAAGUGGUUCUUUGAUGGCAGUGGGGGGAACGGGCAUGCGAUGGAGCACUACAAGGAGACGGGUUAUCCCCUGGCAGUGAAGCUGGGAACCAUCACUCCUGAUGGAGCAGAUGUCUAUUCCUUUGAUGAAGAGGAGCCAGUUUUAGAUCCACAUAUAGCAAAACACUUGGCACACUUUGGAAUUGAUAUGCUGCAGAUGCAAGUGACAGAGAAUGGGCUAAGAGAUAAUGAUAUAAAACCAAGAGUCUCUGAAUGGGAAGUGAUUCAGGAAGCUGGUGUGAAACUCAAGCCCAUGUAUGGCCCAGGAUACACGGGCAUGAAGAACCUGGGAAAUAGCUGCUACCUCAAUGCUGUCAUGCAGGCCAUCUUCAGCAUCCCAGAGUUCCAGCGCACGUAUGUGGGAAACCUUCCACGAAUAUUUGACUACUCUCCUCUUGAUCCAACACAAGAUUUCAACACUCAGAUGGCUAAACUGGGACACGGCCUCCUUUCAGGCCAGUACUCUAAGCCACCCAUGAAAUCUGAGCUUAUUGAGCAGGUGAUGAAAGAAGAACACAAGCCUCAACACAAUGGAAUAUCUCCCCGAAUGUUUAAGGCUUUUAUAAGUAAAGGCCACCCAGAAUUUUCCUCUAAUAGACAACAAGACGCACAGGAAUUUUUCCUACAUCUUAUAAAUCUAGUAGAGAGGAACCCUGUAGGUUCAGAGAACCCUAGCGAUGUUUUCCGGUUCCUGGUGGAAGAACGCACACAAUGCUGCCAGUCCCGAAAGGUCCGCUACACAGAGAGGGUGGACUAUAUCAUGCAGUUACCUGUUGCCAUGGAGGCAGCAACAAACAAAGAUGAAUUAAUUGCCUAUGAAUUGAAGAGGCGAGAAGCAGAAGCCACAAGGAGACCUCCACCAGAGCUUGUUCGUGCCAAGAUCCCAUUUAGUGCGUGUCUGCAGGCCUUUUCUGAACCAAACAAUGUAGAGGAUUUCUGGAGCAGUGCCCUUCAAGCAAAAUCUGCAGGAGUUAAGACUUCUCGUUUUGCUUCAUUUCCUGAGUACUUAGUGGUGCAGAUAAAGAAGUUCACAUUUGGCCUUGAUUGGAUACCCAAAAAGCUUGAUGUUUCUGUAGACAUGCCAGAUUUCCUAGAUAUCAGCCACCUUCGGGCCAGGGGUCUUCAGCCAGGAGAAGAGGAACUUCCAGACAUUGCUCCUCCUAUUGUCAUUCCCGAUGACUCAAAAGAUCAUAUGACGAACCAUUUCAUGGAGUCUCUAGAUAUUGAUGAGUCUUCAGUUAUGCAACUGGCAGAGAUGGGUUUUCCUUUGGAAGCGUGUCGGAAAGCUGUGUACUAUACAGGCAAUCUGGGUGCUGAAGUUGCUUUCAACUGGAUCAUUGCACACAUGGAAGAACCAGACUUUGCUGAGCCAUUGGCCAUACCUGCAUUUGGAGAAGUUGCAUCCAGUGGAGCAGCUGCGUUUGGAGCUGUUGGGCUAGAUAACCAACCUCCCGAAGAGAUGGUUGCAAUUAUCAUUUCCAUGGGCUUCCAAAGGAAUCUAGCAAUUCGAGCGCUGAAGGCAACAAACAAUAAUUUGGAACGUGCACUAGAAUGGAUCUUCAGCCACCCUGACCUUGAGGAAGAAAGUGAGCCUGCUUUGGACAUGAUGGAUAUGGAGAACAAUGCUAAUGCCAAUAUCCUUGCAGAGACGGGGUCAGAGGGACCCAGGAUCAAAGAUGGGUCUGGAAAAUACGAGCUGUUUGGGUUCAUCAGCCACAUGGGAACAUCCACAAUGAGUGGCCACUACGUUUGUCAUCUCAAAAAAGAAGGAAGAUGGGUGAUCUACAAUGACCUUAGAGUCUGUGCCUCAGAACGACCUCCCAAAGACCUGGGCUACAUUUAUUUUUACCACAGGAUACCAAGUUAGGCCUCAAAUCUAUUACCUGGCCUUAAGAAGCCAUAAGCCUUUUUAACCUGCCCAAAAAAACAUACAAUAAAAAUGAAAAUCUAAAACCAACAAAAGACCCCUAACCCUUGGACUGCCAAAAAGAAAAGGAAAACAUGGGUUAUUUAUAGUUUAUUUAAAAACAAUCAUUUGAUGCCGCCUUAAGUGUUAGAGGGAAAAUUUCUAUUAGGUGAUGUAUAGUACAUUGUUUUAAAUUUAUACACUUUAAAGGAUACCUUAAGACCAUGCAGAUUACUGGUGGAGUUUGCAGCUAGUAUAUGGAGAAAACAGAAGUUUCAGAGUUGAGCAAAAGUAGCCCAGUCCAGCCAGCUCCUGCCUGUACUGCCCAUGCAUCUGCUGAAGACCUCAAAGAAAUAUUUGCAUCUUUGGUAACUGGGAGCCAGUGUUUUCAACCAGAGUCCAGACCCCUUAGAGAAAUCAUAUUGCAUAUAAAGUUGGAGGGAGGGGGUACGUGAGUGUUCUUCAAAGCAGAAUGUCAUAUCUGAGAGAUUAUUUUCGGUACAGUGAGAAAAGUUAUAUCUGUUGGAAUUCAGGCUUACAGUAUUUUGGUUUGCCUUUUUGAUGCAUAAACCUAAGAAACUUAACUGAGAUGGAAGCAGUCUCCUGUCAGUGCCCUGUACAUUUUCUGCCAAAGAGAAACAGCAGAUUUUAUUUUUACAGACAUAGGUUUCUUCAUCUUUGCUUGAAUGUUUUGCAAGUUCUUCCAACAGAUUCAGGAUUACAUAUAGCUAAAAGAAGCAGACUUUCUGAAUAUGAAAUUAAACACAUACCCUCAGGAAAGGCAAGGCUAUUGAGGCUAUUAUUUAAAUUUUAUUUUCUUAUGAAGGACAUAAAGAAGGAGUUAUUGUCCCAUUAUAUUUAUUUCAGGGAAAUCUGCAUCUCGACCACUGACAUUCCAGCUGAACUCCCUGAGCAAGUACUCACAGUGCAAUUCUGCUUUCUACCAAAGAUUGCUUAAAUAUUUUGUUCCAUCCAUAAGUGGGGGGUAAUUGGUUAGUAAAACUGCUGAUUUAUUGAUAUGCCCCUCUCUCCUCCCUUUAAAAAAAAAAAAAACCAAAAACAAACAACCAAAAACCAAACCAACAACAGAAACCAAACAACAAAACCACCCACCUUGAAAUUAUGUUUCAGCUUUCUUAAAACAUGCAAACGCACCAAUAAUCUGAUCUGUUCAACAGACACCUUCUAAAAGGGGUUUUCUAUCUAUGGCAGGGAUGAAGGGGUGGAUAGGCAGAGGCUGGCCUUUCCUGUCUUUUUGGGUUUUUGGGUGUUGAGUUUGUGUCACAGUCAAGAAUAUAUAUGUGGGUUUUUAAAUUGUAUUUGUAAACACUAAUUCUAGAAAAAACACAAUGGUGAGUGUGAAACCUUUCAUGAUUCCAAAAAAACCCCAAAGGUUCACAGUGUUGGCCACUGCAGAGAGACUGUUGCUGGAGUUGCCUCAAAUAAUCUUACUGAGCCCUCAAAAUACAUUGGAACAGUCAAAAAAAAAAAAAAAAAAAUCCUCCUUACAGAGUGCAAGAGAGGCAGGGAGGUGUAAUUACAUUUUCUCUGCAGUCAGGGCCUGAACGUUUAAUAGCAAAAUUCAGGCAGCUACACACUACAGAAGAGAACCCAAAUUAAAAAUCUGAUUGAGUAGGGCAUUUUAUUUUUUCCAGCAUUUGGGGAAAAAUAGUUCUCCCUCUGGUCAUAUAGCCUCAUGCAAAGCCAAAAACCACUGUUGUGUUUUGGGGUUUUUUUAAUCAGUUUUUGAUCUUAAGAGAUUGAGAGAAAUUCUAGUGCAAUAAUUCUGUAGCAUGUAAAUGGUGCCUAAUUGCUGGGAAAGCUUCCUGCCCUUAUUGACACAAAAGAACAGCAUCCUAGCACAUUAGUAAGUGGCUCCUGUGAGAUCCAGCUGCCUUGUAAUUAUUAAGCCACCAGUUCUGGACAAAAUAAAAGCUGUCAGUAAUUGUUUUCCUUCUUCCAGGUUGUGUAUUUCACCAGAAAAUGCCAGAUUUAAAAAUGGGAUCAGCAAAUUAUGCAGUGAUACAUCUAUUUAAAGUGAAAGAACAAAACUUCCAUAUAACUAUGUUGAUGCUUUUUCAUUCUGGCAGUAAAAAAAAGGACAAAAGGCCUCUCUUAAAUUUUUUCUUUUUAAUUUUUAAUCUUUUUGAAUGUCCAGUUAUAUUCCAAAGAAGUUCAACACAACAGCUUCCCUCUUGGCUCAUGAACUUAAAGGGCUAUUUAAAAACUAAAAAGAUCUGGUGGCCACUGCCUUUUUAUUUAGAAACCUUGGGUAAAUAAAGGCCAACAGACUAGUUAGUCCCCGUGUUCAUUAUUAAACUGGAAACACGGCUGGUCUGGUAGGAUUAAGGAUGGAGCUUGGACACCAUUUGUCUGGUACACCUAGAACUGGAAUGGCCAUGGGACUGGUUGAUCUCAGUUAAUAGGAGGCACACUUAGAAAGCUGGUGGGUGAUAAACUGGAACUGGUAAAUGAAAGGGGCGAGCCGUUUGCUGACUGUGAUAGGUGAGCUGUGGCAGCUCGGGUUCUGAAAUUCUUUUCAGUUCAUCAUUCUUGUGUACUGCCUGCCUAAACUACCAAGUGGGUCAGAAGUACAGGGAGCAGUUGAGGGGAAAGGCUUACGGAUCUUCUAAAAUUUAGCACCUGAAAAUAUGUUAAAUUCUUCAGCUGUUUGAGGAAUUAUUUUAUUAUCUCACAAAGUAGUAGCUUCCCUCCCUUCUCAAAUGGCCAGUGAAGUGAUCUCACUUUUGCAAUGAGAUAUGUGUGAAGAACAUCAUCAGUCUGGAGGAGCAGGAUGUAAACUCCUGACACUUCAGCCUAAUGUGGGGGAGAGUUUCAUUUCGUUGUUUUCUUAAACUUCAGCAUGCAGAAGCCACACUCAAACAGACUGUACUGAAUAGAUGACUAAUUUAUCAGGCUUUGCCUGCUAAAAUUUGUAUGCACUGGUUUGUGCUGGGCCAGGCCUCAGCGCACAAACUGGGCAGUGGCUGAUGGGGAAACUCCGUGUGCCUGGGUACUGUAAUAGCAGCUGGGGGUUAGGUGUGCUGAGAGCUUGACAAAAAAGGACGGAGGAAGAAAAAUCACUGUGAGCUGUUUGAGACAAUCUAACCCGAGAAUUAUGGGAAGCCAGGAGUUGGCAGCAAAUAAUGCUCUUAUUUCUUGAACUGGUUUUUACUUUUUCAUUACAUUUAGGAUAGGAAAGGGAAAGGAAGAAAAACUCAACAACUUGUUUUCCUUUUCAUCGCUCAUUCCUAGCAGCGUGCUGGAUCCAGCAGACCCCUCACUGAGUCACAAUCUUGUCUCCAGAACACAUGUAGACACAGACUCCUAUUUAAUCUUCCUAGAUAAAAUACAAUUAGGAUAAAAAUUUAAUUUAUUCAAAGCUAUGGUUUUAAAUCAAGUCUAGGUAUUUCUGGACUCCUAUCACUUGUAAUUCUACUGUGUUCAGCGGCACUACUUCUGACUGACUUUGGUGUGUCUGAAAACCAGCAUCAGUCCGGUUUGAUUCAGGCAGCCUCCACUG